GUUGCUGACUAGCGCAACACGAUGUCGGUUGAUCUGCAGAAGCACCGGGACGCUAUCGUCGGUGCGUGGAAAUCGGUUUGCGACCGAAAAACGGCCACCAACUGGGCACUGUUCGGGUACGAGGGACAGACGAACGUGCUGAAGCUGCAGGAAACGGGCGAGGAUGGAAUUUCGGAACUGGCUGCCGAGCUUAACUCGGGCAAAAUUCAGUACGCUUUCCUGCGGGUGGACAACAGUGAAACGGGCAUUGCAAAGUUUGUCUUCAUAAACUGGCAGGGCGAAGGCGCACCGAUCGCUAGGAAGGGAACAUGUGCGAAACAUGUGCGCGAUGUCACGGGCCUGCUACACGGUGCUCAUAUUACGGUGCACGCGACCAACGAGGACGACGUCGAGGAGGCACGCAUACUGGAGAAACUGCAGAAGGUGGUGGUGAACGAUUUCAAAGUGAAGGAUUACUCACAAGCGAUUGAUUCACCAAAACCAGUCGGUACGAACUACAGUCGAGUCAAUCCGACGAAGGAAAUCAAUCCGGCUGAGCGGGAUGAGUUUUGGCGUAAGGAAGAGGAGGAGGAGAAGCAUCGGUUGCAGGCGGAGUAUGAGCGUAAGCUCAAUGAAACAGUAUUGUUGGAACAGGAACGACGUCGACGAGAAGAGCGCGAAUUCGAGAAGCGCGAGAGCGCAACGGGUGGUACAGCGGGUGGUGCCCUGUCGCCUUCUCCCGUUUCGCCCGACCGUAGCUACGCCCGGCAAGCGUCCGAUCAGAGCAAAACGGAACGCGAACGAGAAAUCAAGCAGGUGGUUGAAGCGAGCGGAAAGGUUAGCAGUGCCAAAGCACGUUUCCUGAACAGUACAGCUCAGCUCAGUCCGACGCACAUCCAGGCGGAGGUGGCCCAGGAGCUAACGGAACCACCGUUCUCACCGACGGCAUCCUUCGAAGAACGCAGUAUUAUCAACGAGCUCAAGGCGGAGCUAGAAAGUGAGCGUCAAAAUGGCACCGACACGCCACCGGCCAUAGUGGGCACGGUGGAAGAACCGAUCGUAUCACCGGAAGUGCCAGCGGAAGGGGCCGUUACGCAGUAUUUCGAUCCGAACGCAACGAUCGAUCUGUCCGACGAGGAUAACAUGAUUCGGGCGCGAGCAUUGUACGAUUAUCAGGCAGCUGACGACUCCGAGAUUAGCUUCGAUCCGGACGACAUUAUUACGCACAUCGAUCAGAUCGAUGAGGGUUGGUGGCAGGGGCUGGCACCGGACGGUACCUAUGGGCUCUUUCCGGCCAACUAUGUGGAGCUCAUUUAAAGCAUUUGAGACAUUU